UAUCUCUGAUCCAUGUCUCUGUUACAAGCUUGUGCUUUUCUCGGUCUUUGUUCUUCAGAUGGAUUCUCUUUGAUAUUUUUUCAGUAAAAUUCUCCAUCUUUGGAUGUUUUAAAGAUGGCAAACUUGUUUUCUUGCACUUUCCACUGCUUAAUUCUACAUUUGAAAAUUUCCAUGUUUUGAUUUGUUGCUCUCUUUUCUGAUGAGUGGCAGUAGUAGCUGAUCAGUUAGCUAGGUUGGAAGAUACUAUAAAUGCAAAGAAGAUAGAUACACUUCACAAAGAUUUCGAACAUAAACAUGACUAAUAAUUUACGUUCUCCCCUCGAAGAUCAGAGAGGAAAGCAUGAUUUUCUGAUUGAGGUUGCCAACAAAGAAAAACAGCUAUGGAGGUUGAUCCAUGCCAAAGAUCUAUUGCAUAAUGAUGUUCAGGAGUUGUAUCGCAAAGUCCGAUCUAGCUAUGAGAAACUCAUCCUACAUGAUUAUGAACAAGCAGAACUUCAAGAUGUAGAGUAUUCUUUGUGGAAGCUUCACUACAAGCAUAUUGAUGAAUUUCGCAAAAGGAUAAAGAAGAGUUCUAAUGUAGAGCUAUAUAAAACCAAUCAUAUAGAAGGAUUCAAACUAUUUCUAUCAGAAGCAAUUGAGUUCUAUCAAAAUUUGUUUGUGAAAGCCAGAAAUGUUUCCAGGCUUCCACAAGAGUCUUCAUCUUGUAGAAAGGGUGGUGAAACUGGGUUUUCUGAAGCAAAGAAAAUGCAGAAAUGCCAGUUCUUGUGUCACCGCUUUUUGGUUUGUCUUGGGGAUCUUGUUAGAUACAGAGAACAGUAUGAAAAACCUGAUGUUCGAAAACAUAAUUGGUCAAGGGCAGCCAUUCAUUACAUGGAAGCAACAAUGAUUUGGCCAGACAGUGGGAACCCUCACAAUCAGUUAGCUGUAUUGGCAACAUAUGUUGGUGAUGAAUUCCUUGCUCUAUACCACUGUAUAAGAAGUCUGGCAGUUAAAGAACCUUUUCCUGAUGCUCGGGAUAAUCUUAUCCUACUGCUAGAAAGGAACAGGUCUUCCUGUUUACAAUCCCUCUCAAGUGAGGCUGACUUUGAUUUCUCGAAACCAUCGGAGAGAAGCAUUACCAUGAAAAGUUUGAAAUCAAGUGAUGAUAUGUCAUACCAGAGUACAUUGAAAGAUGAGGAUAAUGGCUCCUUACCAGACAAUUUCUGUUCUCUUUUUAUCAGAAUAAUAAGUUUCUUUUUCAUAAAAUCCAGUUUGAACGAGUUCCCUUCUGCUUUUACAGCUACUGUAAGAGAGUUGGAUGCUCUAAUGGCACUAGAUGAUGCACAACUAAAAGCCUGCCUGGAGUCCUAUCAGCAUAUGGAUUUUGUUAAAACAGGCCCCUUCAGAGCCCUUCAAGUUGUUUCAAUAUUCAUCUAUACCCUGCACAGUUUAAUAAAAACCCCACAAAUAAAAGAUUUUGAAGGUAUGAAUGAUAAAGAGCUGACUGUGGUAAGGCAAUUGGCCAUGACAGCUACAUUCAUUUUCAUGGGACGAUUUAUUGAUAGAUGUUUAAAGGCAAGUACCUUAAAUUCUUGCCCUCUGUUACCUGCUGUGCUUGUUUUCAUUGAGUGGUUGGCAAUCAUGCUCGAUGAGGUGGAGUUUUAUGGGGUUGAUGAGAAAAGCAGUAGUGCCAUGUCCUACCUGUUUGCUUCAUUUGUUAUUCUUCUACGGAGAAUUGGUGUCAAUAAAAUUAAAGGAGGUUCUUCUGAUGGUACUCCUCUGUGGGAAGACUAUGAACUAAGGGGCUUUGCACCUGUUGCUUCUGUGCAUGAAUCGUUACAUUUCUCAUCUCAAUCAGAGCGUAUAAAUGAUUUUGAAGAUGUGACUGAAUCCCGUGCUCAUCGAAUAAUCAAUGCUGCUAUAAAGAUUUCAAGCAGAUCAAGUGGUUCUCGGAAAUGGAUCAUCUAUGAUCAGUUGGGUGGAAAAUUCAUUAGUGCUCGUGAAGCCGAGUUUAAUGACAUUCCAGACAAAAGAGAUUCAGAGAAGGCAGAGUACACUAGUUCUGAUCCUAAAACGGAAGUUUCUAAUGGGUGUUCCUUUGAAUGCUUGGAAGAAUCUCAGAAACAGAUGGAAGUACAAAAUUUAAGAGCGAGUGGAAGGUCUAUUACUGUUGAAGAGGAGGAAGUUAUUCUCUUCAAGCCUCUUACUAGAUACAAUUCAGCGCCACUUAGUUCUAACUCGAGCAAUCCAACAUCUCCAAAAGAAAGGGAGGAUCCAAGUGUACCUUCCGAUGACUGCUUACGUCGUGCUACAUCACUCCUCAUAGCACAAAACCAGACCCAAGGUAGUCCUUUGUCUGAGCAGGCUGACAUUAGUAACUUCGGCUACGACAAAUCAUUUAAGCAUCAGGAUCAUAUUUUCAAGGAUACAGGGCUGCAGCCAUUUCCAGAUCCCCCAAUCUCUGCUGGACCUCCUUCACUGAGUGCUUGGGUUCUUGACUGGGGCAGUUCCAACAAUAGUAAAGAAAAAUCAUAUAACGGGGUUAAGAAACAUGUAUUAAGCCCUAUAGAGGAAGUAGCUUCUGAAACAUUGUGUGGUCUCUCCAUGACCGAAACUGAUGAUUCUACCAAAACUCAUCCAUUUUCAACCACACAUUACUCUUCCUCACCUUAUUCAGCUCCAGUACCUUCUGCUCCUCUUCUUCCAUCUGAUGCAGCUUGGGUUAAAGACGUUCAAUCUAAUUUUGAUGGCAGCCUCAACAAAUCAGAAACUUUCUUGUAUGCACCCCACGCGAGCAGCAGCUAUUCUAAUUGGACUGCUACACAAGGCCCCCCUGAUUGCAGUCUCAGCAGCAUCCCGGGUUUAACAGGGAACUUCCCACCUCAACGCAGAAUGUCUUCGUCAGAGUGGCUUCGACAAUAUAGAGAAAAUUGCAAUAUUGAGCGCGGUUACAACCAUGUCAGGCCCUUGUCUUCCUACUUCUAUGCCCCUGGGAACCUGGGAAACUUCCAUAAUGAUCAUGGUGCUUCCAGGUCUGAUCUCGAUCAAUGGGGAUAUCCUUUGGCCUCUAAUCCAACAAUGCAAACAGUUACCGGAAACCCAUCAUUAUAUCCAGCUUAUCCUCUAGAUUAUAGCGCCAUGGAUUUUCAAAGAAGGGAGAAACUCUUGUAUGGUUACCAAAGGCCAAGUCCAUAUGUGUGUGGAGCUGUGACAGACAAGAUAAAUGAACCACAACCACUUCUGCAGUUACUGAAGGAGAAAGAAAUGCAACUCCAGCGAGAUCCAACGCUCAUGAGGGGUCCUCCGUAUAUGGGAAACUAAGAAUUUCGAACAAUAGUAAACAAAACUAUAGCAUGAUUCUACUUCAUACUGACAAAUUCCUGUCAAGUUUUGUAUAAAUGUAUGCUUAAGUAGAUGUUCCUUCUAACACCUUUGAGUUUGAAAAGUGUGUAGGAAAAUCCUGCCCAUCCCAUUCCUAUAAAUAUGUCAUCUUUUUCUAAAGAAUGCCGCACAGGUAAAAAAUUAUGCUUGUGAAUCUGUAAUAUAAAUAUAUAUAUAUACUUAUAUUUCAUUUUGAA